UCACACCUUGGCAGCCUGCAGGCGCCGUGAAUAACCCUCUUCCUCAUCUUUUUCUUCUUCCUCUUGUUCCUUGUACCAGACGAUUAUCCCUUCUGCACCGGUGUGUCUUUCUCUCUUUGCAUUUUUUCUUUUCUUCCUCCUGCCGGGGAAACAACAGUUUCUCCCAGCCGUAAAGGGGAAUCAUGACCACGGCGAAGGAAGGCAACGCUCCAUCGAAAGCGGCUCAACAGCAAGACCAGGAGCUGGUGGGCAGUAACCCUCCGCAGAGGAACUGGAAGGGAAUAGCGAUCGCCCUUCUUGUCAUUCUGGUCAUCUGCUCGCUGAUCGUCACCUCCGUCAUCCUGUUGACACCAGGUGAGGAUGAUCGCCUGGCUCUUAAGGGGAAGUUAUCUGUUGGAGACCUGUUUAGGAAGGAGUUUAAGGUGCACGAUCCCAAUGCCAAAUGGAUAAGCAGUAAUGAGCUUCUGUACCGUAAUCGUGAUGGCGAUGUUGUCAAGUUCAACGUUGACACCGGUGAAAAGACCAUCUUGGUGCAUAACAAGAAAUUUGAAAUGUAUAAAGCCAGCAAGUAUGAGGUGUCUCCUGACAUGAAGCAUGUGCUGCUGGCCUACAACGUUGCACCGGUGUACCAGUAUUCCUACACGGCCUUCUACAUUAUCUGCAGUCUGGAGACUCCGGAGACGUGGAACCUGAACCCUCCAGAGGUGCGAAACGCUCAGCUGCAGUACGCAGGCUGGGGACCGCAGGGACAGCAACUGAUCUUCAUUUUUGAGAACAACAUCUACUAUCGCUCUACGGUUGAGAGCCGCUCCAUCCGUCUGGUUUCUACUGGCAAAGAGGGCGUCAUCUUCAACGGGCUCAGUGAUUGGUUGUAUGAAGAGGAAAUUUUCCAGUCCCACAUUGCUCAUUGGUGGUCUCCAGAUGGUGCCAGGUUAGCGUACGCCACCAUCAAUGACACCUUGGUACCAAGGAUGGAGCUGCCCAUGUUUACAGGAACACCAUACCCCAUGGGGAAAGAGUACCACUACCCUAAGGCCGGUGAGGAGAAUCCAGUCAUCACUCUGUACGUUGUGAACCUUAAUGGUCCACUUCACACCAUCGAGAUGAGGAGACCUGAUGAUCCUAGGAUUGGUGAGUACUAUGUGACCAUGGUGAAAUGGGCCACCUCCACCAAACUGGCCAUCAACUGGCUGAACAGAGCUCAGAACAUCUCCAUCCUUACACUGUGUGAAGCCACGACGGGAGUCUGCACAAAGAAACAUGAGGAUGAAAGUGAAAGAUGGCUGCACAGACAGAAUGAAAAGCCUCUGUUUUCCAAAGACGGGCUCAAGCUCUUCUUCACUCGUGCCAUUCCUCAAGGAGGAAGGGGGAAGUUUUUCCACAUCUCCAUGUCUAUCUCACAGCCAAACACCAGCACAGACACACUGCAGUCUAUCACGUCUGGAGACUGGGACGUCACCAAAGUCCUGGCCUACAAUGAGGAGAGCCAGUUGAUAUACUUCUUGAGCACUGAGGAUGGGCCAAAGCGAAGACAUCUGUACAGUGCGGACACAUUUGGUUCAUUCAACCGCCGCUGUCUGUCCUGUGCCCUGGCCAACAGCUGCGACUACAUCAGCGGCUCCUUUAGCCACAACAUGAGCUACUUCCUGCUUAACUGCCAAGGUCGAGACAUCCCAUUUGUAUCCAUCUACAAGACACAGAGAGACGCAGAGAGUGAGACACAGGACAGAGAGAGUAUUGCAGAAGUCUAUAAACUGGAGACCAAUGAGAACCUGAGGCUGACCCUGGACUCCAUGCAGAUGCCCACAGUGGAGUACAAAGAGAUUAUCCUAGAUGACUACACACUCUCAAUGCAGAUCCUCAAACCUGCUGGCUUCAUGGACACGUCACACUACCCUCUGCUCCUGCUUGUCGACGGGACACCUGGUGGCCAGAUGGUGUCAGAGCGCUUUCACAUGGACUGGGCCACGGUGCUGGUGAGCAGCUUCGGCGCCAUUGUGGUGCGCUGCGACGGGCGUGGGAGUGGCUUCCAGGGAACAAACCUGCUGCACCGUAUCCAGAAACAGCUGGGCGUGUACGAGGAGCAGAACCAGAAGGAUGCACUCAAUUUUCUUUUGAAGCAGCCCUACAUCGACAAAAGCAGAGUUGGUGCAUUUGGAAAGGUGUACGGAGGCUACGUGACCAGCCUGUUGGUCAGUGGUGAGGAUUCUCCUGUAAAAUGUGGUGCUGUUCUUUCACCCAUCACUGACUUUGAAUUAUAUGCCUCUGCGUUUUCAGAGCGAUAUCUUGGCCUGCCAAAGCCUGAUCCAAGAGCAUACACGAUGGCAAAUUUAGCGCACAGAGCAUCUCAGUUCAUGGAUAAGAAGUUUCUCAUUAUCCAUCCAACAGCCGAUGAAAAAGUCCAUUUCCAGCACACGGCAAAAUUCAUCUCCCAGCUCAUCAAUGAGAAAGCCAACUACACCUUACAGAUCUACCCAGACGAAGGCCACUUCAUUCACAGUGAAGCGACGAGGCAGCACCUCAGCCAGUCCUUGGUGAACUUCUUCGAGGAAUGCUUCAGGCUACCAGAGAUCGUGUUUGAGGAGGUUCUGGAGGAGGAGUCUGAAGACGAGGGUUAGCUCGGUCCCCUGAGGCUUCUGCUCCCUAGAAUUUCUCCCACCCAUGCGUUGAAUUACCUUUACCUCCAUCCUGUCCCUGUGCUCAAGCACAACACCGGCAUACAGUUGUCCACGAUAUGCAACUCUCUCUUGUUGUUGCUCAGUUUGAUUUGCAUUUGGACUCCCUGUAUCCGCAUGCUGAACCUAGGACUGCCUUUCCAGCAGACGAUGAUCUCUUUCUACAUCCAUCCUCCCAUCUUCUGCCCUGAGUUCAAACUAAACGGCCCUGCAGAGCGCUGACAACGACUUGAUGUUUUGGAAUAAACUGAUUGUUAAAACAUGGUGGUCUUCUCCACAGCAGGAUGGACCAGCUUCUUUUUAGCAGUGGAGGAAGCAUCAGCUCUCACACAGACUUUUCAGCUGUGAGGGGAUAACCUUAUAGCACAUAACUGGUGGGCUUGUAUAUUAUUGAAAACAGACGCCUGGUGGAAAACACCGGUUGUCCGUGUUCAUUCUGCGUGUCUGGAAUUGUGCGGAUACAGGAAAUGUAACUAUUUUUAAAGUUGUGAAGAACUUUCAUGUUGGACUGUGGUUGUGUCUGUUGUUCUUACAGUAUGUAAAAUAGCACACGAACUUUCACUUGGCUCUUAGGGAUAUAUUUUCUUUAAGUGUUCAUGUUUUUCCCUGAUGUUGGUUUCAUCUCAUAGCUUCAUUUUAUGUUCAGAAAUUCUGCUCAGAAGACGGGCAAACUGUUUAAAGAUAAAGAGGUCAUGGGUUUCUUAAUUUAGACAGUUUUAUUGUGAAUCUUAAUUUUAACAAAUGUCUUUUAAAAUACAAAGCAUUACCUUGUUUUAGUCACUGUGCCUUACUUUGUCAGAAACCAUCCUGCUGCAGGACUACACUUACAGACCAACACAAUUCUGAUUUAAAAGAAACAGUUUGACAUUUUGGGAAAUAUGAUGAUUUGCUUUCAUGUUGGCAGGAAAAAUCCAAAGUUUUAAACUCUCUGGUUUCGAUAUUAGCCCAUGCUUUCAAAUCUCCAAACGAGGACACUUCAGUUUUACAGCAAACCCAAAUGUAUGAACUUGCAGCCUUAGUAGUCAGAUCAAUAGCUGCGUUUCCAUUACCCUUAGAAAUGCACAAAAUCUAAAUAGCGCAAUAAGAAAAAUGGUUAUGGAAACACCUGAAUAUUGAAAAACCUCUCAAA